AUGACUAUAGAUUCAUUUUAUCUUGUUGCCUCUAGUAUUGCUGCUCUCGUAGCAAGAUCUGUCACAUAUCCAUUGGACACUAUAAAGACUCGCAUCCAAACACAAUCUGAGCAAAGAAAAUAUACCCUUUUAGUCGAUUCUGAUCACCAGAAACCUGCUGCAACUUGGUACAAGUAUAUCCGUUCGCUAUAUAAGGGCGUAGGCAUCACAUUACUCUUUUCGGUGCCUGCCCUGACAGUUUAUCUUUCCUGUUAUGAACUUGUAAAAGACUACUUGGAUACAGCCUUCUCAGUCACCUGGCUUCAACGAAACGCUUUAUUGAACCAUGCUAUCUCUGGUUGUUUUGCUGAAGUAUCAGCAGGCUUGUUCUUUACGCCCAUGGAGGUCAUCAAGAGCCAGCUGCAGAUACUGACUAAUGCGCAGAGAGACACAACCACCAUCUCGCUGGCCAAGCAUAUUGCCAGCGAGGAGGGCUUACUAGGAUUCUACCGAGGCUACUGGAUGACCAUCGCUGUGUUUUUGCCACAUACUGUUACCUAUUUUGUGGUUUAUGAGCAACUCAAAGUGCUGUGGACAGUGGAGGAACAGACAUUUUUGGUCUAUGUGCUUUGCUCAGCAGUGGCGAGCACUUUGGGUGUGAUUGUGUCUACACCCCUGGAUAUUAUCAAGACAAGAUGGCAAGUGUCUGCACAAGAGCAUGCGUAUCAGGGCGGUCCUUUGAAGAUUGCACAACUGAUGUGGCAAAAGGAAGGACGUUUCAAAGCAUUUACACAGGGCAUGCUGGUUCGCAUUGCUUGGGGAAUUCCAGUGACAACGAUCAAUAUGGCAGUGUUUGAAACUUUAUUGAAAAUGCAUAGCAACAGCUAA